AUGGGAAUCAGGGCUGGGCGGAGGGGCUGGCCGAUCAAGAGGCAAGUACUGUUUCAUUUCUUGGUGUCUUUGUUCUGCCGCGCGCUUUCAGAGCAGAUUCGCUACUCGAUUCCCGAGGAAAUGGAAAAAGGAUCGGUGGUGGGGAAUCUUGCCAAAGAUCUGGGACUGGAAAUCCGCAAUUUAUCCUACCGGAAGCUCCGGGUUAAUGGAGAAAGAGAAUUCUUUAGUGUGGGCUUAGAGAGAGGGGAUUUACUUGUUAGAGACAGAAUAGACCGAGAGCAGAUAUGCCUCCAAACAAGAGUUUGUGCUCUGACAUUAGAAGCUGUAGUGGAAAAUCCUUUAAAUGUUUUCUAUGUCAACGUGGAAAUCGAAGACAUAAAUGACAAUCCACCCCAGUUCAGGAGAAACGUCAUCAAUUUAAAUAUCUCUGAGUCUACCCAGCUAGGUGCGAAAUUUGCAUUAGAACCCGCCCAUGAUCCAGAUACAGGACUCAAUUCCCUCCAAACUUACUACCUAAGCACCAAUCCUGUAUUUUCCUUCGAAGUAAAAAAGAAAAAAGAUGGCAAUAAAUACGCUGAACUUGUGUUAGAGAAACUUCUAGACAGAGAAAGACAAAGUUCCUAUCACUUGGUUCUGAGUGCGGUGGAUGGCGGGAACCCAGCACGAAGCAGCACGGCUCAGAUUAGAAUCAGUGUCACGGACGCCAACGAUAAUGCCCCUGUCUUCAGCCAGGACAUCUACAAGGUCAGUCUGCUCGAAAACCUGCCCCCAGGUUCCUUUGUGCUGCGUGUGGAGGCCAGUGACAAGGAUGAGGGGGUCAAUGCAGAAAUCACUUUUUCCUUCGACAGCUCUUCCCACGGAGAAUGGCAAAUGUUUUCUCUGGAUCCAAACAGCGGGGAAAUUACAUCUCUAAAGAGCCUAGACUUUGAAAAGACCAAGGACUACUCAAUGGUGUUGGAAGCGAGGGACGGGGGCGGUCUGGUUACUCAGUGCACCGUUGAAAUUGAAAUUCUGGACGUUAAUGACAACUUCCCGGAAGUUAUAUUCACUUCCAUUUCAGCAAAGAUCCCUGAAGAUUGUUCCUCCGGAACACUGGUAGCCUUGGUGAAAACACUAGACCAAGAUUCUGGAGUCAACGGGGAGGUCACGUGUCGCGUAGAGGAAAGUGCACCUUUCAGACUAGAAUCCUCUUCCAGGAACUACUACAAGCUGCUGACAGAUGGGCCCCUGGACCGAGAACAGACCCCAGAGUAUAACAUUACAGUCACUGCUACGGACAAAGGAAACCCUCCCCUGUCCACUAGCAGAACCCUCACUCUGCACAUAGCUGACGUCAAUGACAAUACCCCCAUUUUCCUCCAACCUUCCUACGUUGUUUACGUCCCUGAGAACAACCCU